AUUGCGGCCGAGCGCUAGAGUCUCGAUUCCAUAACUCUCCAAUACGCGCCCCAUAUAAUACCAUGUAGUCUCUAUGUCAGUAGUGAUAUCACAAUACGCGAUGCUUUCGAGUAACCAAAACAAAAAUAGCUCUGUUGAUAUUGGAAGUCACUGCAUGUGAUCUGAUUUUUAGACUCAGUCUUGACGACACGGAGAGCCAGCAACAUGGCCACAGACAAAGCAAGACCGUUAGACGUAUCUUGUGACGACAGUGGACAAAAUCAAGAAAGCGAAGUAGUUCGACGCACUACAUCAAUUAGCUCGCCUUCUCGUUCCAGCUUCCACCCGGAAGGAAAAGAGGUCCACCUAAAUUGCCACAAGUGCGGGUCGACCCUGGCCAAAACCCUUGAUGUCAUUUCUGUCGCUGACCUCAAGGCUGAGGGAGUGACUCUAGAGCCCGAGCAGGAAGAGGGGAGGGAUGUUGAAAUAUGUUUGACAGACGUUCACGUGUAUUGUUUGCCCGUCAAAACUUUUUACGACCCAGACGACAAGUGCAAGCGAGAUAUAGUGUUUGUCAAGAAAAACUGCGAUGUACGUGUAUACCAGGAAAGAAAGACGCGGACCAAACUGAUGUGGUUUCAGCAUUACGUCAGGUCAAAAUGUUACUGCAAAUUCUGCAAAAAGCAAGUUGGGAGUGUCUACAUGCCAAAAGACGAGUCAUCCAACCUCCCAACGUUUUACGGUCUCGUGCUUGAAAAGCUGGACGGAAAGCACCAAGAAGAGUUGUACCUAAAAUGCCGCCGAUGUCAACACAGAGUGUCAUGGAGGAACAGCAUCGUAAACUUGAGAGAUCACGUGUCUAUUGGAUCUGGAUUUCACGGGUCGGAAGACAUUCAUCUUUUCAAGGAAAGAGAUCAUACGCAAGUUCACUGUUUUAAGGAUCCAAAAAAUGAUUACCACGUAUUCCUAACUGUUGAAGAUGCUGACACUGAGUACCGCAAGAAAAAUAAAGUAAAGAGUGAUUGGUUUGUUGGUUUUACGGCAGUUGAAUGCAGAUGCCCCCGGGACUGGUGCAAGCGGCUCGUUGGUUGGCGCUUCCUAAAUGGUGGCCGUCAUUUCUACGGCUUGCUUGUCAAGAAACUACAUGGACCCCACCUGAAAGCAUGGUUGUGGUGUGAGUCCUGUAGAAACAAUUUAUUCCAACUGGAAGAUAUCGUUCCCAAGGAUCCAGUUUCAUCCAAGGUAGUCUACAAGGAGAGUGCAAUUGUUGGUCGAGUGUUUGGAUUCCGUGUUCCACUCCUUAAGGAUGAACACGGUACCCUAAGGAAGAUUCUAACCGUAACAGGUGAUAAGUUGAUGGGAAACAGAGGGGAUCCUUUAAAGGUAAUUAUAAGAAACCACACCGAAGUCAAUGAAUUAAAACAACAAAAUCAAACAAUGACUUUCCCAUAAAGACUCAGAAAUGUACUC